AUGUUCACGAUAUCGCAGUUUUUGGACUUUUCUACACCUAUCAAACUUGUGGAACCAGUCGGUGUGCGCGGCCCAAUCUUUGCCCUCGCCAUCUCACCCUCCACCAAGUUUUUGGCCAGUGGAGGUGAACAUGGUGUCGCUUUAUGGAGCCUGAGAGACUAUUCGUGCAUAGCUGCACCUCUAACCUCGGGACUGCGGGGACCAACAAGCAGUAUUGUGUGGUUGGAGCGGGAGAUUGGUGAGACCCUUGUCUACGGCACUGCCUUAGGAUGGCUAGCCUGCUGGAGGCAGAAUUCCAUGGAGUUUAAGGAAUUAUGCGCCCACCGCAUGGGCCAUGGGUAUAAGAUUGCGGGCCUGGCAGCGGACGCUGGAACGUGCAGGAUAGCGUCUGCAGCCAGAGAUGGUUCCAUACAUGUAUGGACUUUCGACGCAGAGGAGAGGCUAAUCUCUGUCUUCUCAAUUGGCCUUGACAGGAUCACUCCGAUCUGCAUUGCAUUCAAAGACAACACUACCAAGGACAUUUUUGUCUUUGGUAUAUAUGAGGAAAGGUAG